AUUGCUCCCCGUCUGAUAAGACAACGGUGCAGGAAGGACGCAUGCUGUUUCUUCCGGAUCCAGCUGAUUUCCAGAUAUGACCAUGUACUUGUGGCUUAGACUUCUGGCCUUUGGCUUUGGCUUUCUGGACACAGAAGUGUUUGUUGCUGGGCAAAGCUCAAUUUCCUCCACACCUGGUGAUCCACCUGCGCCGACGCCUCACCUUCCCACGCACACUGACUCGCAGGCGCCCCCUACCGGAGCUGACACGCAGACACUCAGCAGUAACGCUGACCUCACCGCACUCACGCCUGCCCCCAGCAGCAAUGACACAGAUGUGCCCGGAGGGUGGAGCGCAGCCAGCACCCUUCCCGCCGACACAGCUCUCACCUCCGCCGCCACCCUCAGUCCCGCACGCAACAGCUCUGCUGCCUCACCUGCACGCACCACUCACGUCCCUCCCAAAGAGAACGCCUCAGAUUCCAACCUUAUAUCCACUGCACCAUCCACUCUGAGCUCUGCAGCAAGCAUUGUCCCUUCAACCACAACAAUAGCAACUACUGAACCUCUGCCAGCAUGUGCUACAAAAUAUGCUGACAUCUCUGUGGAAUAUAUCCACAUAAAAGAAAAUAAGUCAAUUACAGCGAAGCUAAAGGUUCAAGAGGAAGUGGAAUGUUCUCCUCGAAGUUGUAUAAAUAAUUUAUUACCUUAUCUGCAAGAAUGUGAACAAACCAGUAUUGACAUAUCUCACAAUUCAUGUGUUAGUCCACCCAAAAGGGUAGUCUUAGAUGCACCACCAGUGCGUGAAACCUUUCAGUUGAUUGACUGCACACCAGUUGAAAAAGCAAACACUUCUAUUUGCUUAAAAUGGGACAUGAAUGCCAGCUCCCCUUGUGAAAAAAACAAAAUUAAGUACCAAUUUGAAUGUGCUGGUAUAAAAUCUGAAGAUAAUGAAAUUAAUAUAAAGGACCGUUCACCCAACAGUAACUAUACUUGUGAUUUAAAAGUAUUCUAUAACAACUAUAUGUUUAUCCAUAAAGAAGAAGUUAUUAAGACAGAUUUUGGAAUUCCAGAAGAACCUAAGAAUCAUACUUGUGAAAGUGCUAGUCCAUUUAAUGGAUCAAUUACUUGGACACCUCCUCAAAAUAUAUUUCAUGGAUAUAAAGUUUGUGUUGGGACAAAUCCAGUAAAUGGAGGAUCUAAAAACACCUGCAAUAAUCUGGAAAAAAAUAUGAGAACAUAUGAUUUGGAAAAUUUGGAACCUUUUACAAUGUAUUAUGUGACAUUAUAUGCAUAUGUCAUUGGGAAGGUGCAGCGUAAUGGAAGUGCUUCAAGCUGUCAGUUGAAAACAAGCCCAACACAACCAAGCAUGGUCCAGAACGUGAUCAUCUCCCAGAAGUCAGAUAACAGCAUAUCUGUCAGAUGUGAUAAGCCUGAAAAGAUCAAUGGGCCCUCUCUACAGUACUAUCUGAUAGUCAAAACUGGAAGGAGUGAAUUUAGAAAGGAGAAUAAAAACAACUGCAAAUUCCUUUUAGACAAUCUUGAAUACUCAACAGACUAUGAGAUUCAGGUCUUUUGUCACAAUGGGAAUUUUUCUAGUAAACCAGUUGUUAAGCAUCAAUCAACAUCCUAUAAUUCUAAAGCACUGAUUAUAUUCCUGGCAUUUCUGAUUAUUGUGACAUCAAUAGCCCUGCUUGUUGUGCUCUAUAAAAUCUAUGAUUUGCAUAAGAAGAGAUCCAGCAACUUAGAUGAACAACAAGAACUUGUUGAAAGGGAUGAUGAAAAACAGUUGAUGAAUGUGGAACCAAUCCAUGCAGAUAUUCUGUUGGAAACUUAUAAGAGAAAGAUUGCUGAUGAAGGAAGACUUUUUCUGGCUGAAUUUCAGAGCAUUCCAAGAGUGUUCAGCAAGUUCUCUAUCAAGGAUGCUCGGAAGCCCUUAAACCAGAACAAAAACCGUUAUGUUGACAUUCUUCCUUAUGACUAUAAUCGGGUGGAACUCUCGGAGAUAAAUGGAGAUGCAGGGUCAAGCUAUAUCAAUGCCAGCUACAUUGACGGUUUCAAGGAACCCAGGAAAUAUAUUGCUGCACAAGGCCCCAGGGAUGAAACUGUGGAUGACUUCUGGAGGAUGAUCUGGGAACAGAAGGCCACAGUUAUUGUCAUGGUUACUCGAUGUGAAGAAGGAAACAGGAACAAGUGUGCAGAAUAUUGGCCAUCGAUGGAAGAGGGCACCCGGGCUUUUGGAGAUGUUAUUGUGAAGAUCAAUGAGCACAAAAGAUGUCCAGAUUACAUCAUCCAGAAACUCAGCAUCACAAAUAAAAAAGAGAAAGCAACCGGGAGGGUGGUGACUCACAUCCAGUUUACCAGCUGGCCCGACCACGGGGUGCCUGAGGACCCCCACCUGCUCCUCAAACUGAGAAGGAGAGUGAACGCCUUCAGCAACUUCUUCAGCGGCCCCAUUGUGGUGCACUGCAGUGCUGGUGUGGGGCGCACAGGCACCUAUAUAGGGAUUGACGCCAUGCUGGAGGGCCUGGAAGCAGAGAACAAAGUGGAUGUUUAUGGCUAUGUGGUCAAGCUGCGGCGGCAGAGAUGUCUCAUGGUCCAAGUGGAGGCACAGUAUAUCCUGAUCCACCAGGCGUUAGUGGAAUACAAUCAGUUUGGAGAAACAGAAGUGAGCUUGUCUGAAUUACACUCGUAUCUACAGAACAUGAAGAAAAGAGAUCCGCCCAGUGAGCCCUCUCCCCUGGAGGCUGAAUUCCAGAGACUCCCUUCAUAUAGGAGCUGGAGGACACAGCGCAUUGGAAAUCAAGAACAAAAUAAAAAUAAAAACAGGAAUUCUAGCGUCAUCCCAUAUGACUUUAACAGAGUGGCACUUAAACAUGAACUGGAAAUGAGCAAAGAGAGUGAGCACGAUUCGGAUGAAUCAUCUGAGGAUGAGAGUGACUCGGAGGAAACAAGCAAAUACAUCAACGCCUCGUUCAUAAUGAGUUACUGGAAGCCGGAAGUGAUGAUUGCUACUCAGGGGCCACUCAAGGAGACUGUGGGAGACUUCUGGCAGAUGAUAGUCCAGAGAAAAGUCAGCGUCAUCGUCAUGCUGACGGAGCUGAAGCAUGGAGACCAGGAAAUCUGUGCUCAGUACUGGGGUGAAGGGAAACAAACAUAUGGAGACAUAGAAGUUAGUGUAAAAGACACAAGCAAAUCUUCAGCCUACACCCUCCGUGUAUUUGAGCUGAGACAUUCCAAGAGGAAAGAGCCCCGCACCUUGUACCAGUACCAAUACACUAACUGGAGUACGGAACAGCUUCCUGCAGAACCCAAAGAAUUCAUCUCCAUGAUUCAGAGCCUCAAACAAAAACUUCCCAGGAAAAACUCCACUGAAGGGAACAAAUACCAUAGGAAUGUGCCUCUCCUCAUUCACUGCAGAGAUGGAUCUCAGCAAACAGGAAUAUUUUGUGCUUUGUUGAAUCUCAUGGAAAGUGCAGAAACAGAAGAGGUAGUAGAUGUUUUCCAAGUAGUGAAAUCUCUGCGCAAGGCUAGGUCAGGAAUGGUUUCCACAUAUGAGCAAUAUCAAUUCCUGUAUGACAUUAUUGCCAGCAACUACCCUGCCCAGAAUGGACAAGUAAAGAAAAGCAACAAUCAAGAAGAUAAAAUCCAAUUUGAUAAUGAGGUGGACCAGGCAAAGCAGGAUGUGAAUUGUGUUAGUUCACGAGGUGCCCCAGAUACGACCCAUGAAGGGAACAAAGAGGCUGAAAGUCCUGAGCCCACGAGUGGCCCUGAGGAACCAGAACAUUCUGCCAAUGGCCCUGCAAGCCCUGCCUUAACUCAGAAUGCAUAAGAAAAAGACAUAGAUGGAGCCACUCAAAACCUCCUAAGAUGUGAUUUCUAUUUUCCUAGAAGUAGGAGGGGGAAAUAGGUACACAGUGGAAUAGUGAAGUACAUUGGACUGAUGUGUGCAGGAAGCUUGUUUUACUACUGUUCAAAAAUAUUUAAGAUAGUUUUUGCUAAGAUGUUUUGUACAGUUUUAUGCUUACUUUUAAAUUUUAUAUGUCAUUCAGCAAAACCAUUUCUAUGUAGUCUACGUGUGUGUCUGUGUGUGUGUCUGUGUGUGUGUGUGUGUGUGAGAGAGAGAGCGAGAGAGAGAGAAACAGAAGCAGAAAGAGUGAGAGAAACUUUCAAGUGAAUCCAAGUGCUUUUGAGAAACUUUGCCUAUCUUUUUUCUUGAAGAAAAAACACAUAUAGAAAGCGUUAACUUAGCUUGAAGGAUCUAUUUUUUAAAAUCAGAAAUUGCAAGUGCACUCAGUGUAAGAAUAACAACAUGUACAUUUCUGGAAUGACCUCAAGAUGUCCUCCUUGUUCAAUUCAUAUAUAUUGUAAUGUUUACCACCAUACUUCCAGAAAGAGUGCAUUAAAGUGCUAUGUGUGAAUAUUGCUACUAUGAAAAAUUAAGUAAGGUAACAUUUGGAAAUCUUAUGGUCCAUAUGUUAGCUUUGAGUUCAAUAACUUUUUAAGUAUAUUUAAUCUAAUUUAAAAAACUCAAUUGACCUAUCUUGCUAUCAUCUCCUGGUGUCUACAACCCUGCCACAAGGAUUAUUCUCUGUACAAAUAUGAAAUUCAUUGCUUGAUUCUUUUGAUGAAAAAUUAUAUUUGAUACAUAAGUUUGAACUUAAAUAAAUAUCUUUAAAAUAAAUACAUGCACUAUUGCUGGAAUUCAUAGGAUAAAAAUAAAAGCAUGAAAACAUAUUUGUGCCAAGUAUUUUGCAUAUUAAACCUAAUAUAGGUAUUUUUAUGGAAUUCAACAUUGAUAUGAGAAAUAUAAUAUUCUAUAUGUGUAUUUCUCAUGUUAAAGUCUGUUCUUGUCUUGGUUAGAGUGCAUUUACUUCAAAUUUUUUAAAUGCUUAGGCUACUUUACCAGGAAUUAAUAUCAAUUAUCAUAGUAAAAUCAACUAUCUUUUCUUGUUUAUGGUAUACCGGGUGUGUUACAUGUUAUUAUGUGAAAUAGUGUACUCCUGUUAAAAUAUAAGUUUAGUGCAAUUAAUGAUAUUUGCAGAAUAAUUUUGCAGGUCCAAUUUUAUUUUAAAAGAUUUGUUUAUUUGAAAGAAAGAGUUACAGAGAUCAGGAGAGAGAAAUGAGAGAUCUUCCAUCUACUGUUUCACUCAUCAUUUGGUUGCCACAACUGGGGCUGGGCCAGGCCAAAGCCAGGAGCCAGGAGCUUCAUCAGGGUCUCCCAGGAGCUCAGCACUUGAACCAUCUUCCACAGCUUUCCCAGGUGCACUAGCAGGGAGCUGGAUCUGAAGUGGAACAGCUGGAACUCAAACCGGUGCUUAACCCUCUGCGCCACGAUGCUGGCCCUCCAGUUUUCUGAAAGACCCAUAAUUUGA